AUGAACCGCAAGGAAGAAGCAUACAUUUAUACCAGCAUAGCUUUGCGGCUUGCUGUCACACACGGCUACCACCGUCCUUUGGAGGGGACACAUAUACUUCGGUCGGAGAAAGCCCACAUUGGGAGGCUAUGGUGGACAAUUUAUAUGCAAGAAAGACGGUUAGCAGCAGCGACGGGCUACCCAUAUGGUAUCGAUGAUGCUUUCAUUGUACUUGAGUAUCCUGUCGACCAGCCUGGGUUCAGCUCCAGCCAGCCAAUACGUACAAAUGCUCGAAUAGCCAGAGUUACAAGUCGCAUCCUCAUAGACUUAUAUAGCCCUAAACGCCAAAAUCAAGACUCUUUCGUGCCUGACGUGAAAGAAAUCAUCAAAUGUCUGCAUGAAAUUUCUGGCGAGAUACCAGAGAACCUGGCAACAGUAGCUCACGGACCGAACGCGAAUGUUUCUAUGAGAACAACAGCCUCACUCCAACUCAUGGUUUACCAGGCCACUUUACUCACAAUACGCCCGGUCAUGCUACACGUAGCGCAUUUAAUACUUGCAGGAGAGAGUUUUGGCCUGGAGCAGCUGGGUAACUCUUCCCUGACGCAGCUUUGUCGAGCGUGCACGGAAGCAGCAAGGCGUAUAGUGCGGACUAUCAUGACAUUGCGACGAAUGAAGCUUUUAGCCAUCUUUGGGUUCUUUGACUGCGAUGCCAUUUUUUCCGCCACUUUUGUCUUGAUUCUCACAGUUGUGUUCGACUCUGCUUGUGAAGAUAAGGACAAGAUCAACCCGUCGCCUGGGCUUGGCGAAGCACUAGAAAAUCUGCAAUACCUGGCUGACAACCACAACACGACCGCCAUUGAACGACUCCAAGAGGUCCAGGAUAUUUGGCGUCACUUGCCCGAACACUUACGAACAAACGAGAAUACAGCUGUCCCCUCGCGCGAUCGCUCGCAACCUGUGCAUGACAGUGUCCGCCAGCUGGCGGGUGACCGUCGUCACGGACCCAUGGUUCAAGACUGUAUAGAGCCCCUGAACAACGACGGCAUAACAGACAAUACAAUACAACUAGUGAUGGAUCCAGACCAACCAAGACCCAUUCCCGGCCUGAAUGGUGUUGAGCAAGACAGUACAGACCUGCGUUUAGACACCGAACAAGAUGCGUCAAACGCUGCGAACGAGCUGUCACCAGUCUGGAUACCUUCGUCAGCCAACAUGGGGACUGUGCCGAGUGAUGACCUAAUUCCCAUAGACAUGCCAAUGGAUGAAUAUUUUGCCCACUUCCAAUCGCUGUUAGAUAACCCUGAUUGGUAUCUCACGGGGCGAGACGUAGGAGACUUGGCAGAAUUUGGAAGACAUAUUGUAAAUCUUAGCAGAUCUGAAUAA